ACCAAAAUUCGGUGAGUUAAAAAAAGAGACACUGUUCCUUCCCAAACGGCAAAACCAUACAACAUUUUAUUGUUUGUGUGUUAUAUUAUGGGCUUGAAAUUGAAAUUGAAAUUGGGUUUCAACGCCGGUGGUGGUGGGGGUGGGCCCAUCAGAGACACGCGGGUGUUGUCGUUGAAGUCCGCAUUCCCUUCUUCUCCGCCAAAAAAGAAAGACUUGGACAACCUAACAAACGUCAUCAAGAUUGCAUCGCCAUUAAAGCCCAUAGCAAAACCUCUGUGCACAAGCUUCUUGAGCUAGUGGAGUUCAAGCCGAAGGAAGUGAUUUCAAGGGAAGCUACUCUACUUAUUUUCAUGGUUGGCGUUCCUAACGUUGCCAAUGCAGGAGAAGAUGAAGCGUGCUACUGUCGUCCCACUCCUGGUGUUACUCAAGAUAUUGCUGGAUACAAGUUGCAGAUUGCACAUCAGCCUAGCAUAUAUGUCCUAGAAACUCCGGGUGUAUUGGUUCCAAGUAUACUUGACAUAGAGACAGAACUGAAGCUGGCUUUUGCAGGGUCUGUAAAAGAUUCAGUGGUAGGUGAGGAGUGAAUUGCACAAUACUUGCUGGCAGUUUUAAAUACUCAAGGGACUCCCCUUCAUUGGAAGCACUUGAACAGUAGGAGACUAGAAGGGAUUCAAUAUGAUUCUAUGGAAAAACAUGAGUAUAAUCUUAAAGAUCUUCGGUCAAAAAGGACGAAGCCGCCAAAUGACUCUGAUAUGCUUUACAUUGAGUUAAUCUAGGAUCGUUUUCAUUUAAUCGUUUUAUCCAGGAUGGCCCAAAGUAUUUUAAAAAUUUUUGUCACAUGACAAGUCUGAAAGGAGACAAACUUAACUAUGGGCAUAAGAAAAAUUAUUCCAAGGAUGAUGUAGAACUGAAUGAAUUUCGUGAUAAGUCUUAUCGUUGAGUUAUUACACGGGUAUGACACCAAUUUUGUUCUUCUUACUGGAUGGAAAAUAAUCAGAUCAGGAUUUUUUUUUGGUGACAGUUAGUUUUCUUGUCAUGAAUGAAGAUUAAGUUUUGAUAACAUAUUUUCUGGAAUGAUUUAUAGAGAGCUUAAGUUUCGAUAACAUAUUUUACUUGUUGGUUCUAGACAUUCAUGUAGCACAUAAUGAAGUUAUUCUGUUCUGCUUACUGUAUGAAAGGGGCUUUUAAUGACCAGGGAAAAGAAAGGAGAAUGUAAGUCUAGAAAUGUGGGCAUAUGCUAGGCAGAUAGAGUCAAUGAACUAUGACUUUAGAUGUGGUAUGCUUAAUUUGAAACAAAUGAACAGUAGGUUCAGACAAAAUAAUCUGGUGUUUUUAUCUUUAGUUGAUGGCUUUUAAGAAGGAUGAAGAACUUUUUGGUUAUUUGUGACAGUGAUGUUCUUUUGUUAAUACUUUCUAUAGAACUGAAAACUUAUAAUUUUAGAUACAAAUAUCACUCUAUUCAAUGUUUGUUAUACCCCACAUUUCUUAGUAACUAAGCUUGUUAUUCCACAAAGUCCUUAGUGCCUACCAAAAAGAAUCAUAAAACAUGAAUGUAAGAACAAAUACUUGAACAUAUUAAUCCAUGGAUCUCUCAACUUUAUACACAAGAAUGUAGUUAGGGUAGUAUACACAUAACACAUUUAUUUAUUUACACAUCUUACUUUGAAUGACAAUGACAUAAAUGUUUAUUUUUACAUAAAAUACAAAAUGAAAAAUAACAUAUUUAUUUAUUUAUUUACAUCACUUAAAAGCAAAUUAAAUAAUAGAAGUAUUUAUUUAUUUACAUAUUGUAAUCCAAAUUGUAAUGAAGAAAUGCUUACGAAUUAUGGAAGGAACUUGUGACUUUGAAUUGAGCAACAUUUAGAUUCUAUUGGUUGUGACUUGUGUUGAACUCCUGAAAUGAAAUUUGUAGUUAUAUAGUAUAUUGGAAACUAGCCGUAAGGAUAAUACUAUGAAAAAUGAUUAUACAAAAGAAAAAUAAAUAAAUAAAAAUUUAAUAUGUUCAUUUAAGAUUUUAUGUGUCAAUACCUUGCUGCCCAAACUUCGAAACACAAUGUUCUAGAAACAAGAUUCAAUUCCUCCAUGAAUUAAAUAGGAUUAAAUGUUUCUUCUUCUUCUUCUCUCUCUCUCUCUCUCUCUCUCUUUUUCAAUCAGUGUGGGGAAAAUAAAUAUUUAGAAGACUGGUUUAGUUUUGGAAAUUCAAUUUCAUCCAAAAAGAUCUUUUUGGUUUUAAUUUAAUUUGAAUCUAAUUUGGACAAAGAGAG